AUGAACUCAACACCUGUUGGAACAAGAGUCAGAAAUAAUAGAGAAUCAAUGUCAAAUAUAACUAUCAAUAAAUUACUGCUUCCAAAUAAUUUAAAGUUAAAGAAAUCUCAUUAGAAUACUUAAAGCCAGCAAAUUUUGGAUUAACAAUUAGAUGAAAAUGUUUUUUAUAUACCAAAAUAAACUUUGAGGAGAGUCAAAUAUUCAGAAUAAAAUAGUAAACUGCAUUCUAUUAUUCUUAGUAAUGACUAACUCAACAGCAGGAAAAUCAUUAUAAUCCUAACUAAUUGGUAAGUUUUUGAAUGAAAAUAUCAUAAAAUUCCAUCAAAUAAAGUCUCGAAAGUAAAUUGCCAUAAAAGAAUUAGUAUCAUCUUCAAAAACUUAUCAUGCAAUAAAAAAAGAAGGGAAUAUAAACACAGAACCAAAUUAGGAUAAAUAAACUCUCCCUUUUAUGCCUUAAUUGAAAUCAUCCUAAGUUAUUGAUGAUUUAUAUAAGUUCACUUUUUAUAGUCCUAAGACUUAGGAGAAUAAACUUAGAUUACCUAAAGAAUUCUAAAUUCAACCUUGUAGUAAGAAAAAAUAUUUUAUAUGA